GCCUGCCACCCCCGGCGCCCUUUUCUUGGCCGAGGAACCGCGGAGCCCAGGCACUCAGCAGCCAGAGAGACAGGGAGACAGACAGACGACUCUCUGCGGCCCCAGAGGAGAGGAAGGCGGCAAGGGAUUCGCGCCCCAGAAGAGAUGGGUUUGCUAGACUGCUGCGCCAGGUGCUUAGUUGGGGCCCCCGUUGCCUCUCUGGUGGCCACUGGCCUGUGUUUCUUGGGGGUGGCCCUUUUUUGCGGCUGUGGACAUGAAGCACUCACAGGCACAGAGCAUCUGAUCGAGACCUACUUCUCCAAAAACUACCAGGACUAUGAGUACCUGGUGGACAUAAUCCAUGACUUCCAGUACGCCAUUUACGGAGUCGCCGGCUUCUUCUUCCUCUUUGGAGCCCUCCUGCUGGCCGAAGGCUUUUACACCACGGGCGCUGUCAGGCAGAUCUUUGGCGACUACAAGACCACCAUCUGUGGCAAGGGCCUGAGCGCUACGGUAACAGGGGGCCAGAAGGGGAGGGGUUCCAGAGGACACCGGCAAGCUCACUCUAUGGAGCUGCUCUGUCAGUGUCUGGGAAAGUGGCUAGGACAUCCUGACAAGUUUGUGGGCAUCACCUACGCCUUAGCCGUCCUCUGGCUCCUGGUGCUGUCUUGCUCCGCGGUGCCCGUCUACAUCUACUUCAACACCUGGACGACGUGCAACUCCAUCGCCAACCACAGCAAAACUGCUGCCGGCAUCGGCAACCUCUGCACUGAUGCCAGGAUGUAUGGAGUCCUGCCCUGGAAUGCCUCCCCAGGAAGAGUUUGUGGCCAGAGCCUCCUCUCUGUCUGCAAAACAUCUGAGUUCCAGAUGACGUUCCACCUGUUUAUUGCUGCCUUUGUGGGAGCUGCAAUCACUCUGGUGGCCCUGCUCACUUUCAUCAUCGCCGCCACCUACAACUUUGCGGUCCUGAAGCUGAUGGGCCGGGGCACAAAGUUCUAAGCAGCAAGGGAGAGGCGCUGCCGCCAUUGCAAGAUGCUCUUCCCUCCUCUAACUGCAAGGCUUUAACCUGAGACGGCUGCUCCUCCUCCGCGCCAAGUCUCCUCCUUUAACGCCGCUGCCUGACUCCCCGUUUCCCCCCUUUUCCCUCUAGAAGUUGUUUGGAGCGGAGCGAGCACAAAGGGAGACUCCAUGCACCCCAAACAGACACCUCUCAAGGGCGGAUGGACUGUUGCUCCAUGGCUCUCUCUCUGCCUUGGCCUCACAGUGGCCCAGGGCACCAAAACGAUUCUCAGAUAACAAGACAGCGGGUCUGUUCCCUUAUUCCUCUCCAGAGAAACCCCAUCUGUUACGGGCCGAGACCGUGCCUGGCCCAGAGAGAGAAGGGCAUGAGCUCAGCACAAAAGAAGAAAGAAGAACUGGACAUUGCCGGUCACUGCUUGGGUCAGAUGAGGGGGGUGCAGGGGGUGGGGGUUGGAGUAAGGAUCUUUCCAAGAUGGGAAGAGAGCACUGACCCCAACCCAAGGCCAAUUGGGGGCUCCUUUUUUCUGUAAUGUAACCCAUCCAACUGAAAAGCAUGAAGGAGCUUGGUGAUCCUUGUCUCAUAGUCCUUGUCUUCUCACAUUAAGUAGGGAAGUGUCAAAACAUUCCUCUCAGGGCCUUUGUGUUGCCAUUACUAACCUGUUGGGCACAAACUGGUCUUCCCCAAGGGCUCAGCCAUAACCAGCCGUUUUGAGCUUGCAGCACUAGAGGCUCCUUUGCCAAAGCAUCCUCCUUUUGAGGGGCUCUCCUUGCCUUGUGCCUUCCCCUCUUCUGUGGGGCCCAGCUCUCUGACCUUCACAAUGGUGCUCUUUUCUCCCUUUGCGUAUACCUUUUGCAGAGUAUAUCAGUAACACUGUGAUGUCUUACUCCCCCUGAUUUCAUGUUCAUCAUGAGGGCUCGUCCCCAGCCUGCCCCACUGACUUGGAGCCUCCGGGCCUGGCUUCACUCGCUGCACAAGUUAUCCAGAAUGGGAGAGUCGCAGAAGGAAUUACAAGAACUAGAGGGUCCUCAGCUAGUUGCAUUCCAGAAUUUCCUUUUGGUGGAAAAUUAACCCUGCUGGUUGCAUAGGGUUUAUUUGUUGGAGCAACCAAGAACACACAAAAGCCCAUGGAGCAAUAUCAGCCAUAGGUUUCCAAAGAGCGAGGCAAGUUGAAGAGGCACAGUGUGGCUCAGGGAGGAAUACUGAGGCCAUCCACGCACACAGGGACCAGGAAUGCGGGUGGCGGAUUGGGACCCAUGGGGUGGGAAGGCAAGGAUCCUGUCCAGAUUGGGGACAAGAAGGGACACCCUCCACCCCUUUCUCUCUCACUUUGGUUUCAGUAACAUAUAACCAGAACUCAUGCUCCCUCCUUUCCUCCCCAACUCCCCUCCUUCUCCGGAAAAUAAAUACAAGGAGAAAAAAGUAAUUAAUAAGCUGAAAGUGUUCACUUGUGGUCUUGAAUUUCAACUUUUUUUAACCAAACAUAAGGGGUUGUGUUUUUAGAGACUUACCUUACAAGGUGUAUUUUAUAAAAUUAAAGGAAAUAAAAGUUUAGAAUGUUCUGAAUGAUAA